UAUAAGGGAGAAAAUAGUUCGCGAUGUGCUACAAAGCGAGAGAUACCCUUCCGCCCAGGAAGCAUUUAACAGGAAGUAGUCCCGGCUAAGUGUGCGCAAUAAUUCCAUUUACACGUUCUGGCGUUGGGAAUCGUGCUUGUGAUGCGGUUCGGAUUGUGAUUGGUUGGAGCAGGGAGAGCGGGGAAGCCGCGGCCACAGCAAGACAGGCCGGUCAGGGAGAGUGGCCCGGGCUAUCGGAACAAACCAAAUCUCUGUCAGGGAUACGUAGGUCGCUGAAACCAACCGAAGCGUCUGGGGACGGGGAGGGAGCGCCAGAACAAACCAAGUUUCUGGGGCUGAGGGGGAACAAGGCUCCCGAGCCAACCGCAGCCCCGACAGGCCACAGAGCGAACCAAAGCGCCAGCAGAGGGGGAACCGUAUCCUCAAGAAGCGAGUUCAGUGUGAGGUAUUUGUUAGUAGCCCCGGAGAGGAGAGUUUGCCGGAUUCUACGGAAAGGACAGUGUAGCCUCUUUACACAAGCGAAGUGGUCUGUGAGAAAGGGGCAGUGAAGAGGCUGCAGAUUGUUAGUAAGUUUUACCCCAGUGCAGAUUGUAAUUAGUUUUACCCCAGUGCAGGUUGUAAUUAGUUUUACCCCAGUGCAGGUUGUUGGUAAGUUUUACCCCAGUGCAGAUUUAGUAAGUUUUACCCCAGUGCAGAUUGUUGGUAAGUUUUACCCCAGUGCAGGUUGUUAGUAAGUUUUACCCCAGUGCAGAUUGUUGGUAAGUUUUACCCCAGUGCAGGUUGUUAGUAAGUUUUACCCCAGGAGGGGUAGGUUGAGUUUUACCCCAGUGGUUCUUAUAAGUUGGUUUUGCCCAAGGAAGGGCAGAUCAGUAGGUUUUAUCCCAGUAGUGGGCAAAUCAGUGGGGCACCCCCCAUGCCCCCAAGGGAUGCUGCCCAGUAACCAGGCCGGGUUGGCGGGGUCAGGCCGUGGGCUGGGGUUGGCCCGCAGGGCAGGAAAUGGGGCUGGGUGCCCAGGAGUUAGGGGCCCCGGGGUCCAAUACAGCGGUAGUUCAGGGAGCUCAGAUUCAGGGGAAGAGGAAGAUCCCCCUGGGCGAGGGGUAAAGCGGGUACUCAAUGAGCUGGAGCUGCCAGAACAAGGGGGAGCAGCAGCAGGAGGUGGGGGUUACCCAGGGGCCAGUGGAAUAGUGUCAGGGGCCAAACCUGGAAAGAAAACUCGCGGCCGAGUGAAGAUUAAGAUGGAAUUCAUUGACAACAAAUUGCGGCGCUACACAACCUUCAGCAAGCGCAAAACUGGCAUCAUGAAGAAGGCCUAUGAGCUUUCCACCCUGACUGGCACCCAGGUGCUGCUGUUGGUUGCCAGUGAGACCGGUCAUGUGUACACAUUUGCCACACGUAAAUUGCAGCCCAUGAUCACCAGCGAGACGGGAAAAGCUCUGAUUCAAACUUGCCUGAAUUCACCUGACUCUCCUCCCCGCUCGGACCCAUGUACUGACCAGCGCAUGAGUGCCACUGGCUUCGAGGAGACUGACCUCACCUACCAGGUGUCUGAGUCUGACAGCAGUGGGGAAACCAAGGAUUCUCUAAAGCCAGCAUUCACCUUGACCAACCUUCCAGGCACAUCCAAUAUCCAAACUGUGCCCAACACCUCCACUUCCAUGCAGGUCAGCAGCGGGCACUCAUUUCCCAUCACCAACUACCUGGCACCAGUCUCCAGCGCCAAUGGAACCGUGCUGAAAACAGAGGGUGGCGCUAUGAGCUCGGGGGGAUUAAUGCAGAUUCCCACCGGCUUCACUCUUAUGUCAGCCGGGGGAGCUGUAGCUCAGCAGUUACCUGUCCAUUCUAUUCAGGUCCAUUCUGCAGCGCAGGCAUCACCGUCCAGUGACAGUAGUUCAGAACUGGUUCAAACAUCUUCUAGUGGAACAGUAACACUGCCUGCUGCCAUCAUGACUUCCUCCGUGCCCACAACUGUGAGUGGUCACAUGAUGUACUCCAGUCCCCAUGCAGUCAUGUAUGCCCCUACACAAGGACUAACAGAUGGAGGCCUCGCUGUGCUCAAUGCCUUCUCCUCCGCGCCCCCCAUGCAGCUCUCUCACACCCAGGAACAGGGGGGUGUCCAGCAAGUUUUUCUCACUGCUCCCUCCGGAACUGUCCAGAUUCCCGUGUCGGCAGUACAGCUCCACCAGAUGACGGUUAUUGGGCAGCAGUCCAGCAGCAGUAACCUGACUGAGCUGCAAGUGGUUAAUUUGGACACAUCGAACAGCAGCAAGAACGACUGAGGGUCUGGGGGGGGGGGUUUGGUUCCACAUAUCAUUGACUCAAACCUAUUUAUUGUUGCCUUUUUCACAUGUUUCUUUAAUCCUCUGGGGCUGGUGCCAUGGUGCAAGGUCUGGAAGUUAUCUGGAUGGGGUCACGCUGCUUCAUCCCCCCCCAAGCCAAAGAGCUCUGAACCUUUGUGUCUUUCUCCAGUUUCCAGCAGCAAAGAGAUGAAUGUCGGAGUGUGCUCUUUGGGAUCCGCAGGAGGAUUUGCACUGUGCCUGUGUGAUUAGACUUGGGCUUCUACCUGCCCAUGAGGGGCUUGGCCUGCUGUUGGCAUUAGACACUGGGUAUUGUGUGUUGGAGUGUACCCGGCAGAACACCAAGUUACAGGUGCGGAUAUGGGCCCCUACAUUCGCUCGUAGAGCCCCCAACAAGCCAUUGCUAGGAAAGUAGAAGGAGAAGGGACCCUAAAAUCCCCUAAGAGAAGACUUUAUUUUUCUAAUAGUUGAUUCUCAGUAUUUAUGUAUUGGGGGUCGUGAUUCCCCAGUAUUUGUACGGCGAGGAGAUUUUACUGUCUGUAUAGUCAAUAUGUCCCUCUGACGGGAAUGUAUACGCUCAUGCACAAUAUUGUAUUAAUUUGGUGGGGGCUUAGUGAGGAGCACUACAGGAGGAGGAGGGGGAAACCCCUGUAUAUUUCAGUGCCCAUUCAAUCACAAGUACUGUAAUUGGGGGGGGGGGGGGGUAUAUGGCUGGCAAGUUCCAUCAUGGAGGACAGGAGCCAGCUUGUGUCAUUUCUGCUGCAACCGUGUGUGUGUGUGUGUGUGUGUGUGUGUGCGCGCGCGCAAGUUCUGUGUGUCUGUGGUAAGACAAGGGCACAUGACUGAGAAUGAGUUGGCAGUGGGUGGGACUUAUAAGACGCAUGGAGUUGGCGCAGAAGCAUGUUGGGGGUUAAUAGUCCUGGGUUAGUGCUUUUGGCUAAAGAGAAAUAUAUCUAUUUUUCAGUUUGAUUUGUACAGUCUCUGCUGUGUUUGGUUUGCUUGUGUGUGAGUUCCUUUACGCAACAAUUAACCCUUUCAGUCACCCUCUGCUCUGGUUUCUGACCGUUAACUCUUUUGUGCAGCAGCUGCAACUCUCAUGCAGGUCCUCUGAUGCAAGGUGAAUCCCUUGCCCGUUAACCAAUGGAGUCUGUUUAAUAGAUCCUGUAAGUAUGUUUAUUAGCUGUGCAGGGAUUGGAGCUUCCUAAUCCAAUGGGAAAGUGCUUGAUCCCAUUUUGUUCUCCACUCACCGCACGUUCAGGUUGUUGCCAUCAAAAGCAGAGAUAAAUAAAGCAGUGCUUUAUUCCUCGUGGCCACAGUGCAGUUUGGUGGAGUCUGGUUGCUCCCCUUUCUGUAGAACCGCAUUUCUCUUCUAGUGUUUUACAGUCCAUGGUUGGCCUGAAACAAACGAUGAAGUGUCUGUGAGUGCUGAUCUUCCACCAUAGAACUGGGGUUUACAUCCCUUAUUCUUUCUGGGGUGGUAGGGAACCCUUAAAAUAAAAUUUCUUAUCAUUUGCUGCCCCUCCGUCAUAAGCACGAGACCAGCUCUGUGCAAUAACACUAACCUCUCACUCCUGCACAGAACAUUGGUCUUUCCUGGUGGAAAGGAGGUCACUGACCCUCAAAGAAAUCUUGGCCAACCCUGAUGUGUCAUAUACAGAUUUCCCCUCUCCCAUUCUAUUAUCUCCAUGCUGUAAAAGAAAAACUUUUAGUCCUACACCAAGACCUUUGUGCUGCAACCACUAGGUGGCACUUGGCUCUUGUUAGGAAUAAAUGCUGAUUCUACAGGACUGGGACAUUGGGUUCCAUCCAGAAUUUCUGUAUAAAUCUGGAAAAACUCUGGAAACAAUUCUGCUCUGUUUACCUAGAAAGUUGUUUCUGGGACCCUGCAGUCUGGCUACUGUAAAACCCAACAGGACAGUAUGGUUAGACAUUAGGCCUGGGCUGGCAAUCUGUGGGUUCUGGCAAAUGCCAGAGGGGCUGCCAUGAGAUGCCAUAGAAAGUUACUAUUUAGUGGGCUAGUGGGGAGCUGAUUGGUCCCCUCUGUACUUGGAAUGCCAGGACCUAUUUUGACGUCCAGGCCUGCAUUAGACAAUGGUAUCAGAUAUGGUUUAGGCCCAAAUUCCAAUAGAGAGAAUGAAUUGGACCCACAGGCCUGGCAAUUAUACACUCAAAGGGAGAGUGUAGGAAAGGCUGAUAAACCACCAGAUUCUUUGUUUCACACUGUGGAUGGGCUCUGGCUCAAGAAUAGGGGGCCAUAGUCCCGGCUCCAGCUUGUAGGAGGGAGCCAAUGUCCUCCUCUGGCAUGGGGAGGCAGGUUGAGCAUGGUGGGUCGGAGCAGUGUACUGCCUAUGGGUGUCACACUUCUCACAGACAAUAGGCUUUUCUGUGUUACCAUGAGGAUUGCACCAAAACCAAAUUCCAAAAAUGUGGAGGAUUCAGUUGCCCAGAGCUGUAUAGUCACGUGACUUAAAGGGGUGCAGAAUCGGUUCUGUUAAGCACUAAGAGGCAGAUUUGUACCCCAUUUUCUUUGCUUAAAACUCUCAAAUUCGAAUUGUGAGUUAUCCAAACUCGAUUCGAGUUUUAAUUUGAAUUCAACUAUCACCUUAAAUCUGCCGGAUUGCUGUAUAAGUCAAUGGGAGAGGUCCAAGGAUCAUUUUGGUGAUGUUUGCAGCCGUAGAAUCGAGUUUUUUAAAUUCAAUUUGAGUUUUUCUAAUGCAAAUCGAAUUCGAUUUGAGUUGAUCAAAUGAGUCCGAGCUGAGAAAAUGUUAUUUUAUUACUACAUUUAUAAUUGGGAGCUUUAGAAAAAAAACUCGCAUGAAUUCGAAAUUCGAUCCUUGAUAAACGUGCCUCUCAGGUUUGGAUAAAUCAGAAUCCUGCAAAAAGUGUUGGGGUUUGGAGUCCUGGAACUCGGUGAAUCCCCAGUGCCCAUUAGAAGUGGGUGCAGUACUCUGCCCAGGCACAAACUUGUGAGAACAGCUGCAGCCCAAAACAACUAGCUGCUUAUCCAUUGUGGGUAACCAACGAGUGUGUGAUGCCCAGGACAUUGCCUCCCCAUUGUGGUUUACUUAACGAGUGUGGUGCACAGGACAUUUCUUGCUCAUUGGAGCAGGGGUGAAGCUAAGAAUGCUUCCAAAUCCUAUAUACCGUAUAUACUCGAGUAUAAGCCGAGUUUUUCAGCCCCCAAAAUAUGCUGAAAAACUCUACCUCGGCUUAUACUCGGGUCAAGCGUGAAAACGGUCGCCAGCGUCUAAGCAUAGUCGCCGGCGUCCAAGAAUGGUCGCCAGCAUCCAAAAACGAGAUGCCGGCACCUCCAAUGGGAGCAGAAACCCUAAAUUUUUUGAUUGAAACUUACCAGAAGCUGCUGCAUUUCUCACCCUCGGCUUAUACUCGAGUCAAUACGUUUUCGGAGGUAAAAUUAGGUACCUCGGCUUAUACUUGGGACGGCUUAUACUCGAGUAUAUACAGUAUACCCCUUCCGGGGUAUUUGAGGGCUCUGCAGGAUUUUAGUGCCAUGGUUCUGUCACUUCUUAACAUCUCUUAGCUGUUCUUUCCAGGGCAUCCGUAGAACGGCACCAGCAUCUGGUUAGUCCUAUAGACACAUCAGAAGUUUCUAACAGAACAGCAGUAAGGCUGCGGUAUAACAGCGCUGGAAUCCAAAUAGUUUUGUAGAUCGAAGACAGCAGUUUCCAAAAGGGCCCAAUAAUAUAAGAAAGAUAGCAGCUAGAGGGUUCUGGUAGUAAAGUAAAACAGCACUGGAAUCGGAUUCUGCAGAUACAACUGGUUGGAAUUACUGUUGAAUGAAAGGUUUCCCAGGAAUGGCACCUAUUUGACUGACUGAUGUUAUUGACUUCUUCAUAGAUAUAUUCCUGCCUCCCUGUUCCAGUUCAUGUGUUCCAAUAAACCUUUAGGCCACAUUUUAUUGCUCUGUAUCCCAGGCACCCCCGUUUCAUUAUAGGGUGCAGGUUUAGGUAACGGCAGGGGACCCUGAACUUUUUUGCUGCUGUUGAUUUUAUACCGAGCUCCUCAGGGAGAAGUGACAUUUAUCGUUUGCUGACGCUUCUUUCUCUACUUUUCAGUUAAUCCGGAGUUUAUAUUCUUUGUGCUUGUGUGUGUUUUUGAGAAAAAAAAAAUAAAAUCUUUUGGAUUUUUCCAGGGUUUUGUUCCCUGGGAGAAGUUGUGCAAGUAACACAGUACUGUGUUGUACAUAACCUUCUUUUGUAUAAAACUGAAAAAAAAAAAAAAACUUUCAAUAAAUGUAUCAUUUUGUGCACAUUC